CGGAAUCGGAGCCGGAGUCAGGAGCAAACAGGCAACAUCUCUGUCCCUUCACAGAACAGAACAGAACAGCAGCUGCUGAAACUUGUGGAGUGACCUGCCGAGCCUCCCCAUCACAAGGUAAAACUCUACAAGUAAUGCUUCAUGGAAAUCAAUGUGCAAAAUCUGCUCCCUGAAUCCUAUUUGGAAAUACGAGACCAGGGGUGCGAAAUAGUGAAUUUAGAUCAUGGUAAAGAUACCGUUGAAGAAAAGAAUUGUUUAAAAGAGAGUCUUCAUGCCUGGAAACGUGAUGUGGAGGUCCAGACAAGUCCGUUCCUUGCGCAAGACAAAGAGGAUGAACAUAUCAAGAGUUUGGUGCACAGACCAUUGCCCAUCUUCAGAUAUUCCCCAGAUGUUGAGGUUUCCCAGAGUCCAUGCUUUCAGUUUGACAGGUUGGCCCCUGCCAGGGUCUCCUUGUCUCCAUCCCUGCGGAGGAUGAGGAGAAAGAUGAUGGCACGACCAGCUUCCCCAAGGAGUGCUGGGAGGGCUCAGAGACCGUUGGAAGACCCUGAAGAGCUGGCCUCUAACGGUGACUCUUCUGUACCAGCCAAUUACCUACAGAUUCCACGUCCCACAACGGAGGCAGCCUCUGUUGACCAGAGAGCUAUUGGUAAGGAGGUUCCUACACAACUCCAACAAGACUCUCCGCAAAGUGUAGCAGUUCUGUUACCUGAAAACCAACAAAAGGGUGACCAUAUCGGGGAUGUACCAAACAUCCCUCAUACUGAGAAAGACAUUCCUCUCUGGGCAAGACGACGGGGUGACUGCACGUUCACUUUGUUGGAUAAUCUUCAGGAGACAGGAAGCCAGAGACCUUUCACUGACCUUAUAAGCGGAACUCAGGUUGAGUCCCCUCUGCACAUGACUCACUCAAAUUCAACGCUGCGCAUCCCCUAUGACCCCAGUGGAAAUGUCCCUGCAACUACAUCAAGAUGCACAUCUCAUCGUCGGCGCAGCUCAUUGGUUGUCUGUUUACCAGGACUCGAAAUAUUUCCUGGCGAUUUAUUAAUUUCUCACCAUGUGGAACAUCUCUACCGCACUGCGUCCACCCCCUCGCUCAGCACAGAAUCCAAGAAGUUGAAAUGGCCCUUUGCAAAACGGGGAACGAGCAAAGUGAAACAAAAGCAAGUAUCGCAUUUGGAAAGCCUUCUGGCCUCUCUGGUGAUCAGGGACUGCACGGAUCAGCUUUUCCAACAGUACAAGGAUAAAAGCUGGACAUGUGUAACAAAGAUCCGGGAGUUGAAGCCCGACACCAAACCAGAGCAGAAGGAUAAGAAGCUGCAGGAAGCUAUGUGGGAGAUCUUCACCAGUGAAUGCAACUAUUUCAGUGACAAGUUAUUGGUGAUGGAGGAGGUUUUCCUGAACACACUGAGACACGUACAGAGCGAAGGAUGGCUUGUAGACAUUGACCCUUGGAGACUGUUUGCGAACCUUAGCGAAUUGUCGAAGGUGAGCUUUGAUUUUCUGACCAGUCUCCUGGAUGCGAUAGAGAGCUGUUGGACAUUAUCGUCACUCCUUGCUGUAUUGUCAAAGUUUCAGGAGGGUGUGUGCUGCAGUCAUCAGAAGUAUUGCCUGAAUUAUGCUUCGGCCAAUCUCUACCUCAAUAACCUGAAGAUGAGGGAAGACUUUGGAAUCUUUCUCAAAAAACCUCCCUCUGUUUUGUUUGCAUGGGGGCAGUGGUGUGAACAGAACGAACAGUGCAAGCGACUGCACUUGUCCGAUUUGCUGGUGUCGCCCCUGCAGAGGCUGACCAGGUACCCCUUACUCCUGAGGAACCUCUGGAAGAGAAGCACGGAGACAGAGGAGAAACAGAGAAUCCAAGCAAUCAUCAGACAAGUGGACAGUUCCAUCUGUGACCUUGAAGGCAAAGUGAAAUGGUUGGACAAGAUUCAGAAAUUCCAGCAGAUUCAUGAGAUGAUCGUUUGGCCUCCAAUCUGGGAAAGGAAUAAGGCGAUAUUUCUCCCUGAGAGUCUUCGGUACCUGGUCAAAGACAACAUGGCAGACGGUCUGCUGUCGCCUGUGAACAGACAGCUCUUACACGAAGGAAGACUGAGUCUCGCCGGAGCGACCAAACUCCUGGAUGUGCAUCUCUUCCUGUUUGAUGAUUUGCUUUUAAUUACCCAGGUUAAAAGCGCUAAAAAGAAACCUGGAGCCAUAGACACUGGGGUGAGAAGCCCAAUGCCUAAUCCCGACGUCCUGGGGAUGGGGAGAGAUGGCACUGCGUGUUCAGUAGUCGACCAGCCAAUUCCCCUGGACAGGUUGGUACUGAAGAACAUAGAUCCACUAAACUCAGCAGGUUGUGGAUUACACAAUGUUUUCCUAGUGAUACAUCAAAACCGAUAUCAGCAAUGUAUCGGAACCUUCACACUUCAAGCCCCAUCAGAGGCUGUUAAGAGAACGUGGCUGUUACACAUCGAAAAGGCAGCAACUGGCUACCGGAAUGUUCUAGACCCACCACAGCUCUCACUGAGGAGGCUCCCGGUGAAUGAAUCGUCUGAAAUCUAACUCCCUAUAAACGUAUGUGAAACAUACAGGGGUCCUGUCUUCAGUCGAAAAAGGUCAACAGAAAAACUCAAUCAGUGCCUAGGUCUGGCCAGUACACUUUGGAGAAACCUACCUCUUAUAUUUGACUUAAAAAUCGCUCUUGUUUCUAAUAAAAGGUAUUGCAACAA